AUGGAAAGGUCCACAUUACGGAAGCGUUUUCAAAUAUCUGAAUCGAAAGGUCUGAAGAUUGCCAGCUGCAGACAUUGCGGAAGAACCUUCAACGAAAGCAGGCCUGCGGGUAAUCUCUCCAAGCAUGUAAAGAACCUUCACCCAGGCCAGUACAGAUCUCAAAAAGCCGCAAUGCUGAAGGAGCGUAUACUGGACUCUCUGGUCAUGAAGUCUCGCUCACUUCCUCUGCCUUAGAAUAUCGUUCGUGAAUAUAAGCAUAGUCCUCGCUCCAUUGGGACAGUUGGUUUCUUGACGGAAAGGUUGCUACCAUUUUCGUUUGUCACUUCCAGAACUUGGAAAUGAAUUUGUAAGGCAUGUCCUGAGAUGGCAUUUAUCCAAUCUCGCACGACAAUAAACACGAAACUCGAAACCUAUUCGCAAUGGUUUGAUCAGGCUCUUAUUGCGGCUCUAGAACAUACCGACUUCAUAAACUUAGAGCUAGAUGUUUGGUCUGGUGGUAACGGUCGUUCUUAUUUAGGGAUUGCAGCCUCAUUUGCUCCUAACAUGUUGAAUGAAAACUUAUUGCGAGGCGUGGGGGCGCCAGCACUACUUGAUAAUUGUGGAAAUUCCGCCAACAGUCACCUUUUGGAUUUUGUUGAUAUCAGCGAUUCACGCCAUACAGGUGAAAACCUGUAUAACACGGUCGUGGAGGUUUUAAACCGAUUCAAAAUAACAAAUAAAGCUGUUUCUUUAACGUCGGACAAUGCUACCAAUAAUACGGCCAUGCAUACUUUCCUUCUUCGCAAUCUUUUCAAACCUCAGAGGACGACAGCCUUUGUAAAGACAAAAAACUUUCACCAUGUUCGCUGCGCGAGUCACAUAUUGAACCUUCUUUUUCAGGACAUCGUGGGGAAGCUAAAAGAAGAUCAGAGGUUUGAAGAAGGCUCGAGAAAUGUAAGUGCGCUUGCCAAAAUAAUUAAGAGAUCACUCCUUCUAAGGUCUGCUCUAGCAGAUGCUGGCUUGCCCUUGAUACCUUCAGCCCCCGAAACGCGGUGCAUUUCCAUUUGGAAACAAAUUGCCACGUUUCUGUAUCACUACGACGCAUAUUUAGGCUGGGUUCAAAGCUUGAAGUCAAUUGAAAAGUUCCAAAAGGUCCUUCCAAGGUAGAAAAGCGGCUUCAGAUUCCGGAUAAGACAGUACAAUUCUUAGAGUAUUUCACGAGCUGUUGUUCGAUCUUCCAGCGAAUGAUUGAUACCCUACAAAGCAAUAAUGCAAACAACAUAGCUAAUGCUGUCACUUUCUAUUCUACAAUGAGGGAGUUAUAUGAAUUAUGCAGUAUUGGCGAAACGGAAAUAAUACCAACAUCACCACAGGGGGUUUCUUGAUUUCACAUUCAUCAAUGGAAAGUCUGAUCUCUCUGAAAACAUAAAGAUCAUUGUUUUGAAGGCCGUCAACUCUACCAGGUCGAAAUUCGAUGAAUACCUUGACUUAUACAGGAAGAACGACAUAUACUUCGUUGCUGCGUUCUUGGAUUCGAGUAUCAAGAAUGACUGUUUCGGUGAGCUUUUGAGUGAGGAAGAAGGCGAGGAGCACUUCCGAAGGGUAGAGGAAUAUAUCAAGAGCUACGUCAAACAGUGUCAACCCAACACAUUCGUGUAUUGAAAGUAUACUUGAGCCAGUGAACACGAAUCGCGUUACCAAGCUCUCAAGACCAAUGUUGCGUCGCAAGCAACCACGAGAGAGAGUCUCUGAAGUUCUUGAAGAAUGGGAGAAUUAUAAGGCUGAUACCCGGUUAUCUUCAGACUCCGUUACGGACGUCGUGAAAUGGUGGUAUUCCCGACGUCUGGUCUACCCUCAUUUGUUUCCGCUAGCUAUAUCCAUGAUAUACACAAAGUUUAGCACUUGCCGCAUUGAGAGAAUGUUUUCUAUCAGUGAAAAAAUAAUGAGAGGCGACCGCAGAAGUCUCGGAAGCGUUAGUGCCAGAAGAAUCAUGCUUUUGAGAGACUGCUUUUUCAAUUUUGGUCUGUACGAUAAGGAACUCCUAGUAUCAGGACUAAGCGAAGCCGAUGAUUUCAUUGAUAUAAUUUCCGAUGAAGGCCCAUCUGGGGAUGAUGAUGAUGAUAGUUAUGCUAAUGAUAAUCCCGACAGACGCUCGGCAGUGGAGUUAGCAUGUUGA